AUGAAAUAUUUUAUACUUAAAAUAGUAAAUUUAUCAGAAAUGCAAAGAAACAUUGAUGAAUUUUUUGGACUGAAAGGCAGAGCAGCGAACCCUAACCAAAACAGACAACAAAAUAGCGACCCCCCAAAUCGGUAUACAAAUCCUAGACAAAAUUAUCAUCAAAAUGAUGCAAAUUUAAGAUUACCGCAUCAUACUGCGGGUUUAUGGAGAAUGGUAAAACCGAGACUUUUAUUAAUUGCCACUAAUACUCCCCUUUGAUUAGUGAGCAAUAAUUUGAAAAUUUUUAAAAACGAAAUAAUAUGAAUUAUCGAGCAAAAUAAUCUUGCUUGCUAAUCAAGAGGGAAUAAGCAAAAAAACACAGUAGAAGACAUGCUCGAAUACAUAUGCGAUUUUAUUGUAGAAACAAGGCUAGCCUAUCGAAAUACUAUUAACAUUGAGCUACUUGUACGAAUAUUUAGUGAAAAUGAAGCGGAAAUGCUAGAUUUAUUAGCGAAAAUUGCUGAGUACGCGUUAGAAGUCGAAUUUCUAUUUAAUCAACCUGUGAGGAUACUCAGAAAAUAUCAAACAGUGACAAUCGAUUUAUCACAAAAACAAAUUAGAUGCCUUCUUGCUCUUCAAUUCUGGUGCUGUUUGCCAAAACAAGAAAAUUAUUUAGACCUUCCUAAAGAAUACACAUUUUUCAAAGUUUUUGGAGCCACUCAAGAUCGAAAUGACAGUCAAAUCGCUAAACUAAAAUGCUUAUUCAAUUACUUCCGCAGAUCUAAAACUGCAUCUGAAAGGGUAAAAUUGUCAUUUUUAAGACGAUGUCUAGAAUUUACGCCUGAUUGAAAUGAAAGCCGAUCUCAAAUGAGCAAUCUAAUCAUUAUUGAAGAACAAAACUCAAUGGAAGAUUAUCGAGACAAGCUUAUGAUAGACUUUGCUAAUGCUUAUAUUGGUGGCGGAAUAUUAUCUACUGGCUGUGUUCAAGAAGAAAUUAUGUUUGCCAAACAUAUAGAGCCCAUCGUGGCAAUGCUUUUUACUGAAAAAUUAGAAGACAAAGAAGCUUUGAUUAUAGUAGGAGCUCAAAGAUACAAUGAAACUUUAGGUUAUAAACAGUCAUUUGAAUGAAUAAGAAAUUUCAAUGAAGAUCUCUCUUAUGACAAUAAUGAGAGAAUUGAUUCUUACAUUGUUUGCAUUGACGCUUGCAAUUUUGCAGGAAAUGUUUAUCAGCAGUAUUUUCCGAAAUUUGUAGAGAGGGAGUUAAAUAAAGCAUUUAUUGGGUUUAUGGGAGAUCCUGGUGAUAUGAAAUGAAGAGAUAUUGUAACUGGGAGAUGGGGAUGUGGAGCGUUUUAUGGAAAUGAACAAUUAAAAUUUUUGAUCCAAUGGGUGGCUGCUUCUGGAGCAGGAAGGAAUAUGUAUUUCCUGCCUUGGGAAAUGAAGAAUGUGGAGCAGCUGCUAGAAUUCAAAGAAUUGGUACAAAAUAUGCAAGUUUCAGAAGUUGCACAAGCAAUUUUAAAAUUAGGCGUCAAUGCUGAGCAUGGAAUUUUCAACGAAGUAUUAAGGAUAUUAAGAUUGAUUUAA